UUAAAGAGUUCCAAGAGCAUGCCUUAUGUAUAAAAGAGUAUUUCAAAGUAUAUUGGUACACACGUUCUUUAGUCUCUUCUGUCUCUUUCUGUUAAGGUUAGUUUUCUCAAAUAUGAAUAUUAUGUCAUCAUCUAUUGUGUUCUACAGAAGACUUAAAGGCAUACAGGUUCGAAACUAAAUGAUGGUGAGUAAAUGAUGACAGAAUUUUAAUUUUUUCAGUGGACUAUCCCUUUAAUAUCUUACUCUGUCAUGUGGCAUGUUAAGUAAAAAAGACUCAGAAACUCUAAAACACAACAGAAUGCGUUUUAUCCUCUGAAGCUCGAAUAGUCACAAAAAGCCAGAAAUAAACUGUUAUUUCAUCUCACUCUUGUGGGAAUGGCUAUAAAUGACAGGUGUCUUUAUCUCAGCGUGUGUGUCCAGUGCCCUGGUUGAUUUGCUGAGGGGAAGCUGUCAGAGAUGAUUACUUGAACACCACCAAAGACUGAGGGCAUUUCUUGCUAUACAGAUUAUGUGUUUAGGUGCAUGUGUGUACAAUUUCAUGGCUUUUGGCACAAGCUAAUAAAGGAGACGGAAGCGAAGGAGAGCAGGGAAAGAUUUAAAGAUGACAUGAAGAGAUGCAGAGAGAGAAGGAAGAUGAAAGUGGGUGAAUUUAUAGGUAAAAAGGAUGAAUAUUAUCAAAAAUAAGGGUAGGCAAUUUUAGCAAGCCACUGUGACGGAUGUUUCUGAUGUAUAUCUUAGAUCUUUUCCAUAAAUGUCAUUUUCUCCUUCGAGUGACUGUGUCAUACCAACAGCGUAAACACAGCUCAGCAGCACUGAUAGAAGAAGAGCAGGAAUCUGUAAUCAGUGUUCCUCUGUGCUUGUGUGUGGUAAUGAGCCUGUCGAGUGUGGACAUUGUGUGUUUCCUCUCUGUUCCUCCUGACAGGACAGACUCCAGACUUACUGAUGAGCAUGCUGGGUAAUGAUAUGCACUAUGGGCAAUCAGAGGAUGGAGGAUGGCUUCUCACACCUUCAGAUGUGUGUCCUGAGAACCUCUAAAUUGCCGAAGGCUAUAAACUGAAAAUGAUUAUCAAUGUGUGCAAUCAUAAUGUCAUCCAUAAUCAGUAUGGCAGCACUUUAAAACGCCUACCUUUUCAGUGACCAGCAUACAGAACUGUGAGCUAAAGGACAAUAAGCUCACAAAUUGUAGUGCCAAGAACACAUGACGCCCACUCAGAAAAUGAACUCUUGCAAAUAUUUUCAAAUGAAUGAACUUGAAAACAUCUAACAAGAAAACCAUGCCUGACCUAAAAAACAGUAAAAAAUUAAUCCACUCUGACAUGGACAUUUAUUUUCACUUUGUCCUCUAAAGAGAACCAGCUAUCUAUUUGCAUAACGUCACAUGCUGCCAUGACUCAACCCAACGUUACAGAUCUCUCGGCAAAUAUCUCCGGAGGAUCUGAAUCGGGUAAUCUGUACCGUCCAUUUUCUGUGUUCAGUGUUCUCACGCUCACUUUGCUGGCCAUGCUAGUGGUGGCCACCUUUCUAUGGAACCUUCUGGUUUUGGUGACCAUCCUGAGGGUGCGUACCUUUCAUCGUGUACCCCACAACCUGGUUGCCUCCAUGGCCAUCUCAGAUGUGAUGGUUGCAGGACUGGUAAUGCCCCUCAGUCUGGUUAGGGAGCUCUACGGCCGGCGUUGGAUUCUGGGUCGGGCCCUAUGUCAGGUCUGGAUCUCCUGCGAUGUGCUCUGCUGCACAGCCAGUAUCUGGAAUGUGACGGCCAUUGCCCUAGAUCGCUACUGGUCCAUCACACGCCACCUGGAGUACACGUUGAAGACACGUAAACGAAUCUCCAAUGUGAUGAUAGGCCUCACGUGGCUGCUCUCUUCUGUUAUCUCGCUUUCGCCACUCUUCGGUUGGGGUGAGACGUACUCGGAAGACAGCCUGGCUUGUCAAGUAAGCCAGGAGCCCUCAUACACAGUCUUCUCCACCUUUGGAGCCUUUUACCUGCCCCUCUGUGUGGUGCUCUUUGUCUACUGGAAGAUUUACAAGGCUGCCAAGUUCCGCAUUGGCUCUCGCAAGACCAACACCAUCACACCCAUGGCUGAAGUCAUAGAGGUUAAGGAGGCUGAACGACAGCCACAGAUGGCCUUCACAGUUCGUCACGCUACUGUAUCGUUCCAGACGGAUGGCGAGACGUGGCGAGAGCAGAAAGAGAGGAGAGCGGCUCUGAUGGUGGGCAUCCUGAUUGGUGUGUUUGUUCUCUGUUGGAUUCCAUUUUUCCUUGCUGAGCUCAUCAUUCCACUCUGUUCAUGCGACAUCCCUCCUGUCUGGAAAAGUGUCUUCCUAUGGCUGGGUUACUCAAACUCCUUCUUUAACCCACUCAUCUACACAGCUUUUAACAAGAACUACAACAACGCAUUUAGAAACCUCUUUUCCAGACAGCGAUGAGAAACAGAAAGACCAAAAUGAAACCUUCGGGUUGUAUGAGUAGACAGUGAGAAGAACAUCAGAAUAAUCCUUCUUCUCAGUUCAGACACAGAAGAUACAAAAGCAAUGCAUUCACUCUAACCGUUGUUUCAGGAGGAAAAGGGAUUUCCAACACACAUCAAAAACCUGCAGGCCUGGUGUUCAGAUUUACACCUGCUGGUGAUAAUAUCUGUCUGUAUAUGGCUGCUGCUGCUGAUGUCUUCAUGGUUAGAUAAGUUUGGCACUAUCUGUUCAUAGUCAUCAGUGCUCAGAUAAUGCAAGUCUGCCGAACCAUCCAAGUGUCCCCUCUAGCAAACUACUGUCUGUAGUCCUAGUCAUUUCUGUGAACUCUUGAGAGAGAAACCAUGGUUGUUUUCCAUUGUUCUUGAAGGACAUCAAAGCCAUUUUUCUUCUGUCAGUGAAGACACAAAGUAGGCAUAUGUACACAUUAUGAAAAACUGGCCUAAUUCAUAUCCUUUCACUCCCCUAAAUAAUGACCUGGCUAAGGAGCAAUUUGUAUUUCCAUUACAUUUCCUUUCAUUAAACUCAAUUUUCCUUAAGAAGAAAGUCGAUGUGUAAAAGAUGUACAAAGACGAGACAUGAUUUCAGGUGGGACAUGGUGUAAUAAAGUGAAAUGGAAAUUUUGAACAAAAUAGUUGUUAUAAAUGACCUCCUAAAUGCCUUUGUUUCCAGGCAGCACAUCUCAGCAUUUAUGUGCAUGACCAUGAAAGGAUUCAGCUUUCCUCUUUGUAAGCUACCAUUGUAGCAGAGUAAACUGGAAUAUGGACAUUACAUGAAACGAAAUGUAAACAUGCCUGCAAUUCCUUUGUGAUGGGAGCUGUGCUGCAAGUGUUAAAUAAAAGAUAUGAAUUGA